GGGCUUCGCAGCGGCCGCGCCCUUGCGCGGCGGCCCCUGCAGCGCCCCGCCGCCCGGCCUCGGUGCGGGCGCCCGCCCCCACGCGGAGGGCUGGGGGCCGGCCCCCGAGGCAGCGCCCAGGCCGUGGUCGCAGGCCGCGGAGGUCUGGUUGGAGCGGCUGUCGCAGCUCGACGGGCGGGAGCUGCGCGAGCUGUGCGAGGAGAAGGGGCUAAUCCACGCCGGCAGCGAGGCGGACCUGAGGGCCAGGCUCGUCAUGUGCCCGGGGUCCGCGAGGCUGCUGAAGCGGCCGGGGGGCGCCGGCCAGGGCUCGGCCCGGGCUGCGCCCCGGUGACCCCUGCUGCGGCGCGUGGUCCUCCAGGGCACACUACGGACACGCAGAACGAUGACGACAAUGAUGGUGAUGACGCAGGGCUUGAUCAUGGCGUCCGCGAUGAUCGACCCGAAGCCGACUGGAGCGGCGGCGGUGGUGGCGCUGGUGGAGAUCACGACCAUGGCACUUCUACUCGCCCUCGCUCGCAUGAUAGUCCUGGCGGUCCGACUGGCGACCGUCGUGUUCGUCUCGUCUUCGUCAGAGGCUCUUCGACACCAACCAACUGCAGGUCAAGAACACCUUCGUGGAGUACGCUGACGGCGAGAUUUCCUUGCCUUCUGGCGUGCGGCCGCGGGCCUGAUCUUUGCCGCCACCUGCUCGGGGCUCCGACGCCGGAGCUUUUUACAUUGGCUCUGAAUGUGAUGAAGAUCUUUGGGCUGAGUACGACGACCUGUUUUUCCCGGCAGUGCCGACCUUCCCUACUUUCGGCAUAGAUUUCCACUCUGUCGAGAGCUCGUUCCACAGGUUGCAGGCGGCGCUGGCCCGGUGUGAUAAGUACGCUGUGGCCGUCUCCGGCGUCACUUGGGAAACCAGCCAGGAGGCCGACAUGGAAUGCAUAAUGGACCACUACGACAUGGAUUCCGUUGUUCGUCAUGAGGUUGUCCGUUGCGGCCCCGAAGACAUUCGUGGCACAGCGGUUCGUCGUGAGUCUCGUCUUGAUGCUAUUUGUCAUGCUCUUGAGAGUUUAUGACCAAACUACGCGUGCGGAGCCUCACGUUCAUGAAGCUGUUCGUCCUGAGCCCCUCCUUGAAGCUUAUCGUCAUGGUCGCGAGGACGCUCCUGGUCAAGCGGGUCGUGUCGAUCCUCUUCUUGAUGGAGCUGUUCGUCCGGGUCCUCUCCAGUCCCUCCGGGUCUCACCGUGAUCAGCUUGCGUGCUGAUUUUGUUCAUCAUGCGGUCCUUGAUGGCUCCUUAGCGGCGACGCGUGAGUACUGCCUUCGCGUGUGGUAGUGCGCUUCCAAUUGUGCUGACCGUAGGCUUCUCCUUUGGGGCUGCGAUUCCAUCGGCAAAUCCAAGAAUAUAUAAAACAGACAUAUUGAUAUUUAAUUGUAUGUAUUUUUUCCGCCGUCGCCUGCCCCUAUGCACGCUUUCGGCUACAGAGUGCUAGUCAGCCAGCCUUGUCGUAACGCAGCCUUUCUUUCUUUGUCUCGGUAGCAUGCCGGCCCACUGUUACGACGCUCCGUUCUUUAAUUGUUUUGAUAAUCCCAGCGAUCCGAGUAAUCAAAAGUACGGAAGGGGGGGGAAUACACAGCAUUCUUUCUUUGUGCGCACUUUGGUUGCAAACAGUGCUGAGCACGCCUAUUGCCGCUUUUCCAAGAAGUGGCCGAAAUAUUACGCGUGCCAUUGUGGAUGACCCGCGCGUGCAUGAACUUUUGGAUAAGGAUUAUUUCUUCACCCCCAAUAUGGUAGUGACAGAGCCGUUCCGCCUCGGAGUGCAGGCAGCUCGGACUGGUGGCCGAUACAGCAGAAUGCCGCGCGCGAGCCGUGA